CGGCAUCAAAUACAACCUGACAACCAUCAAUGGAUGACCCAGCGGCAAUUUUUUUAUCUGUCACUGUCUACACAUCUGGUUAUUAUUACAAGGCAUGAAAAGGACAAGGGAAAAAGAAAGAAAGAAGCAGAAGCAGAAGCAGAAGCAGAAGCGGAAGCGGAAGCGGAAGCAGAAGCAGAAGCAGCACAAGCACAAGCACAAGCACAAGCACAAGCACAAGAAGCACAAGCACAAGCACAAGAAGCAGAAGCAGAAGAAGCGCAAGCAGAAGCAGAAGCAGAAGCAGAAGCAGAAGCAGACGCAGAAGCAGAAGCAGAAGCAGAAGCAGAAGCAGAAGCAGAAGAAGCAGAAGAAAGAAGCAGAAGAAGCAGAAGCAGAAGCAGAAGCAGAAGCAGAAGCAGAAGCAGAGAAGCAGAAGCAGAAGAAGAAGAAGAAGAAGAAGAAGAAAGAUGAUGUACGUACAUGGAAAGGAUACGGAUGGCGUGCGUGCAUGGAAAAGGCGAGGAUGCGGCACGUACAUUACGCAUGUACACACACUGUGGUACACGUAUCAAAGGGGAGAAUGGGCAUUUACACUUUGUACAUGACGGACUGGUUGUUUGGAGCACCAUCCGGAGAAGGUGGCAAGGAGAACUAAUGCACACCGGAUCAGUCGAGAGGGAGCUGGGACAGCCACCCUCGACAGAGCAGUAACCACUUCUCAGCAGGAGUGUGUGUGUGUGUGUGUGUGUGUGUGUGUGUGUGUGUGUGUGUGUGUGUGUGUGUGUGUGUGUGUGUUGUGUGUUGUGUGUGUGAGAGAGAUAGAGAGACCCCUAUGUACUCAAGACUGCUUUCGUCACCAUCGGCAGCACUGGUCUGUUCGACACAUGCACACCCACCAAGCCACCCACCGCUCCACUUCGAGUCGUUUCCGGGGCGAUCGUGCUUCAUUUGGGUCCUUACUACGUGGGAUCAGAUAAAGAGGUCCUAGGAGA